CCAGCGUCGGCCCACCGCAUCCCAAACCAUAACGCUUAAUCCUUAAAAACCGUCCAGAUCCAUUUCCUUCCUCUAAAACUCAUCACACACACUUCUAAUGGCUUCUUCUUCUUGUUUGAAUCUCUUCUUCUUCUCUUUUCUCUCCGCUCUAAUCAUUUCUAAAUCUCAGAUCUCUGAUUCCGUUAACGGGGUCGUUUUCCCUGUUGUUAAAGACCUUCCAACCGGUCAAUACCUCGCACAGAUUCGACUCGGUGACUCACCGGAUCCAGUCAAGCUCGUAGUCGAUCUGGCCGGCUCAAUUCUCUGGUUUGAUUGUUCCUCAAGACAUGUUUCCUCGUCAAGGAACCUAAUAUCCGGUAGCUCUAGCGGCUGCUUAAAGGCAAAAGUUGGAAAUGAACGAGUAUCAUCAUCAUCAUCAUCGCGUAAAGACCAAAACGCCGAUUGCGAAUUACUUGUUAAAAACGACGCCUUUGGGAUUACGGCGAGAGGAGAGCUUUUCAGUGACGUCAUGUCGGUUGGCUCUGUUACUUCUCCGGGAACCGUUGAUCUACUUUUCGCUUGUACUCCACCGUGGCUGUUACGUGGGCUCGCUAGUGGAGCCCAAGGAGUAAUGGGCUUAGGAAGGGCCCAAAUCUCACUCCCUUCACAACUCGCCGCGGAAACUAACGAACGUCGUCGGUUAACUGUUUACCUGUCGCCGUUGAACGGUGUCGUAUCAACGAGUUCGGUGGAGGAGGUUUUUGGAGUGGCUGCGUCUAGAUCGCUGGUUUACACGCCUUUGUUAACCGGUUCGAGUGGCAACUACGUAAUUAACGUGAAAUCGAUUAGAGUCAACGGGGAAAAGCUCUCCGUGGAAGGUCCGUUGGCGGUGGAGCUGAGCACGGUGGUUCCUUACACGAUUUUAGAGAGCUCGAUCUACAAGGUGUUCGCGGAAGCUUACGCCAAAGCUGCGGGUGAAGCUACAUCGGUGCCUCCUGUCGCACCGUUUGGGCUCUGCUUCACUAGUGACGUAGAUUUUCCGGCGGUAGAUCUAGCGUUGCAGAGUGAGAUGGUGCGGUGGAGGAUUCAUGGGAAGAAUCUGAUGGUGGAUGUUGGUGGUGGAGUCCGAUGCUCGGGGAUUGUUGACGGCGGGUCAAGUCGAGUCAACCCGAUUGUAAUGGGUGGGCUACAAUUAGAAGGCUUUAUAUUGGACUUUGAUUUGGGUAACUCAAUGAUGGGCUUUGGACAAAGAACACGCUCUGAUUCAACUUCGUUGUAAUACAGAAACCUUUGUAAUUGUAACCUUCUAAUUAUCUGGUAGAUAUCCUCAAUUUUGAUCUCUUUUGAGUGUACUCUUUUCUUACAAUACCUGCUACAAGCAAUCAUGCAUUUGUACAACUAAUAGAUCUAAUUUAAGAAACAGCUAUUACUUAAAUGAAGU